AAACUUUUCAUUUAUAUAUUUCCCCACCUUUGAAUCUGAUCCAAACUUGUAAAAUUUUCUCCUCAAAUUUUGUUGCUCUACUGCUACAACAAUGGAGCAGAAACAACAUAUUCUUAAACAAAGUACAUUCUCUUCCUCUCCUAGUUCUUAUUCUUCAAUCUCAGACCGUCCCAUCUCUCUCCUUAGCCGCAACGGUCUCCUCCUUCUCCUUCUCGCUCUCGUCCUGCUCCUCGGUGUACUCUUGCCCUGGCCAGGAUCUCCCUUAUUCCUGUUUCCAAAUAGACUUUCUUCUUCUUUGUCACCGUCUCCGCAGUCCAAAUGGCGCGACUAUACCCUUGCUCAGGCGGCUAGGUUCGUGGCCAAGAAUGGCACUGUGAUAGUCUGCGCCGUGAGCUCACCAUUCUUGCCUUUUCUCAACAACUGGUUGAUUAGUGUUUCUAGACAAAAGCAUCAAGACAAAGUCCUCGUGAUCGCUGAGGAUUACAUUACUCUGUAUAAAGUCAACGAGAAGUGGCCUGGCCACGCCGUUCUUAUUCCUCCAGCGCUCGAUUCUAAAACCGCAUUCAGUUUCGGUUCCCAGGGUUUCUUCAAUUUCACAGCUCGAAGGCCGCAACAUCUCUUGCAAAUUUUGGAGCUAGGUUACAAUGUUAUGUACAACGAUGUUGAUAUGGUUUGGUUGCAAGAUCCAUUUCUGUAUUUGGAGGGAAGCCAUGACGCGUAUUUCACCGAUGACAUGCCUCAAAUAAAGCCUUUGAAUCACUCUCAUGAUUUACCACAUCCGGAUCGAAACGGAGAGACUUAUAUAUGUAGCUGCAUGAUUUACUUGCGACCUACGAAUGGUGCAAAGCUUCUAAUGAAGAAAUGGAGUGAGGAACUUCAAUCCCAAGCUUGGUCUGAAUCCAUCCGUUUUAAAGCAAAUGAUCAGCCUGCUUUUAACUUGGCACUUAACAAAACAGCUCAUCAAGUAUGUUUUUGUUUCCUUCAUGUUCUAUUUCUACUUUAUCUACUUAUUAAUGUUGGAUUUAUGGUUUUUCUUUUAGUCUCUUUGGUAACUUUGACUUGUUUUGUGAUCUUUUGUUCUGCAGGUGGAUCUCUACUUGCUUUCUCAAGUAGCUUUCCCAACAGGAGGAUUGUACUUCAAGAACGAGGCAUGGGUUCAAGAGACAAAGGGGAAACAUGUCAUAGUCCACAAUAACUACAUUAUCGGUUACGACAGGAAAAUGAAACGUUUCCAAGAUUACGGUCUAUGGCUUGUCGAUGAUCACGCUCUUGAGUCUCCAUUAGGGAAAUUAGAGUAAACUCGAAUGGCUAAAGAAAGAUAGAUCCACUGAGUAAAUUCCUUACAAUUUUGGGGAUCUUAAUUGUGAGGUUAUAUAUGACUAAUUCGUUAUGAUUUGAGUUUGGUUAAUCCAGUUGUAAUGUUUAGUAGAAAAAAAAGAGGAAAACAGGGGAAAUUCAGAGAUAGUCAAAGUUUCGCGACAGACAAAUUUUGGUCUGUAUGUAGUAAACAAAUGAGACUCAAGAUGUAUGUCAUGACAUUAUUUGAAUCACAAAGAGUUGACUAUACUUAUUACAUGG